AUGUCAUCCAAGGAAUCCGGAAGCCGGAAUACCCCUGACAACCGGGUUUCUGUUUUCCCCAGGCCUAAGAACACCACAUACCGGCCCAAGAGACAUCUAGCUGAUGUUGAUUUCGUUGGCCAAGGAACCAAGGAAAGCGCGCAGAAACUUCAGAAGUAUCGACCAGAUGCUUUGAAAUUUUUAUCGAAAACAGCUUCGAAUCCCUGGCUACGGUAUCGCAAAACAUUCAGAAUGAACCAGGCAGGUAUUGGGUGGGUAGUCCAUUCCAAUGACACGACAUUCAGAGAAGGGAUUAUUAAAGAAGUGAAAACUACAAAAAGUGAGAUGUCCAAAAUCAUGACAACUCCGCACAAGAAUUUUGUUCAGCUGCAAGAGGCCCUAUAUCACGACAAUAUGGUAUUUCUUGUCUAUGAAUUGAUGGAUGUCUCUCUGGCCCAAAUUUUCGGCUCACCGCUUGGUCGGCUUCAAUUGUUUGAAGUGGCUGCGUUCUCAUAUGAAAUAUUAACGGGAAUCGAAUACAUCCAUCGCCAACUUCAAAUAAUUCAUGGUGAUAUUUCCUCUACCUCGAUACUAUUAUCAGUAACCGGGGCUCUGAAAAUUGGAACAUCUAUGCUCAAAAAUAAAGAGAUAACAGAAAGAAACCCCGAUGUUGAUGCUCUUGGAAUGAUCCUGAUCGAAUGCCUUGAGCCAAGUACGUUUCUUCGCAAGGGUGCUUCUCUUACCUCAGACUGGGGAUCAGGUGUUCCGGAAUUCGUCGAGCUCACAAAAUCUCAAUCCGCCGCAAUGUUACUCAAGGUAUUUUUUCCUAACCAAGCUGCGUAG